GUUAUGUUCAAAGAGCAAAAAACUGCAACAAAGCAACAAGCUACUGGAGAACAAGUGGUUUUGUUUCUAAGUUGAUUUCCUCUAUUUUAUUGCUAUAGUUGUAUAAAUUUUUGUUCAAUCACUUCUCAACUGUUAUUGUUUUUUACCAUUGUUAUCGUUUACAAUUGAAGCCUUAGUUUUCUUAAAUUUUGCACCACAGAACAAUAUAAGCUCUCAACAUGUCUAGUUUACCAAGCUCGCCAGCAGCGGGAGGCCGAUCCGAGCGGCAGACUUCGCCCGCCCGUGAGAUGGAGGAGCCUUUCGAGGACGAGAGUGACCUCCUGGGGGAGGGGGAGCCGCUUAGCAUCGGGGCUCCCGAUCAGGAGGAGGAUGAAGGGGACGGAGAGGAUUUGGUUGGUGAUGGGAUGGAAGCGGACUACCGCGCCAUGCCCGCCCUGGAUCGAUACGACAUGGCAGCCCUCGAUGAGGACGAUUACGACGAGAUGUCGCAGGGCGACCGGCGGGCAGCCGAAGAGGCGCUGAAUCGGCGCGACCGCGAGGAGGCGGCGCGACGCGGCGAUCUCGAUCUAAUCUACGAGGAAAGUGAUGACGAUGAAGGACCUCGAAGGAAACGAAGGAUGGCCGAAAAAGCUGCUACUGGAGAUGUGGCUGAUGAAGAGAUGGUGGAAUCCAUAGAGAACCUACACGACACGAAGGGUCACACAGUGAAAGAAUGGGUGACCAUGUUGGGCCCCAAAACUGAGAUUGCCAAUCGCUUCAAGAACUUCCUCCGCAACCACGUCAACUCAAAGGGAGUGUACGUAUACAAGGACAGAAUCAAGCGUAUGUGCGAGAGCAACCACUGCAGUUUCGACGUGGAAUACCCGAUUCUGUCGACCAAGGAGAGCACGCUGGGCUACUUCCUGCCCGAGGCGCCCCUCGAGAUGUUGCAAAUCUUCGACGAGGUGGCCAAGAACCUGGUGAUGGCCACCUAUCCCAGCUACGAGCGGGUCACCACCGAGAUACAUGUCCGCAUAUCGGAGCUGCCGCUUAUCGAGGAUCUAAGGACGUUCAGAAAACUGCAUCUGAACCAACUGGUGCGAACGAACGGUGUGGUGACGGCCACAACAGGAGUGCUGCCUCAGCUGUCAAUAGUGAAGUACGACUGCAACAAGUGCGGCUACGUGAUGGGGCCAUUUGUCCAAUCACAGAACACCGAGGUCAAGCCGGGACACUGUCCCGAGUGUCAGAGUUCGGGACCUUUCAUGAUUAACAUGGAGCAAACGCUGUACCGUAACUACCAGAAAAUCACGCUGCAAGAGUCACCGUCGCGGGUGCCGGCCGGCCGAAUCCCUCGGGCCAAGGACUGCAUCAUGUUGGGUGACCUGUGCGACCGGUGCAAACCCGGCGACGAGAUUGACAUCACCGGUGUAUACACCAACAGCUACGACGGCUCCCUGAACACAGACAACGGGUUCCCGGUGUUCGCGACUGUGAUCCUGGCCAACCACGUGGUGGUGAAGGACAGCAAGCAGAUCGUGGAGUCGCUGACCGACGAUGACGUCAGCACAAUCAUGAAGCUGUCCAAGGACCACCGCAUCGCUGAGCGCAUAUUCAACAGCAUUGCGCCCUCCAUCUACGGCCAUCACAACAUCAAGUGUGCGCUAGCGCUGGCGCUGUUCGGCGGCGAGGCCAAGAAUCCAGGCGAAAAGCACAAAGUACGAGGCGACAUCAACGUGUUGCUGUGCGGAGACCCGGGAACGGCCAAGUCGCAAUUCCUCAAGUUCGCGGAAAAGAUGGCGCCGCGAGCGAUCUUCACGACCGGUCAGGGUGCUUCUGCCGUCGGUCUUACCGCCUAUGUGAAGCGGUCACCCGCCAGCCGUGAGUGGACACUGGAGGCCGGUGCUCUAGUCCUGGCAGACCAGGGUGUCUGUCUCAUCGACGAAUUCGACAAGAUGAACGACCAAGACCGCACCAGUAUCCAUGAGGCAAUGGAGCAGCAGAGCAUUUCGAUAUCGAAGGCCGGUCUGGUGACGUCACUGCAGGCGCGCUGCUCCGUCAUUGCGGCCGCCAAUCCAAUCGGGGGACGCUACGAUCCCGGAAUGACCUUCUCUGAAAACGUGAACCUAUCCGAGCCAAUCAUGUCGCGUUUCGACAUUCUGUGCGUGGUUCGCGACGAGGUGGACCCCGUGCGCGACGAACAGCUGGCGCGCUUCGUGGUGAACUCUCACAUCCGACACCACCCCAAGCCACCGGCCGACAGUGGUGUCCCCGGACACCAGCUGCUGCCGGCCACGCCCCUCGACGACGAGGAUGCCAAAGCCGAUCUGAUACCGCAGGACGUCCUCAAGAAGUACAUCGUCUACUCCAAGCAGAACAUUCGGCCCAAACUGCACAACAUGGACCAGGACAAGGUCGCCAAAAUGUACAGCCAGCUCCGGCAGGAAUCUCUGGCCACAGGCAGUCUGCCAAUCACAGUGCGUCAUAUCGAGAGCAUAAUCAGAAUGGCUGAGGCGCAUGCGCGUAUGCAUCUACGCGCUUAUGUGCAAGAUGUCGAUGUAAACAUGGCUAUCAGGAUGAUGUUAGAAAGCUUCGUGGACACGCAGAAGUACAGCGUGAUGAAGUCGAUGCGUGACACGUUCAGGAAGUACUUGACCUUCAAGAAGGACAGCACGGAGCUGCUCUACUACAUCCUGCGGCAGAUCACCAAUGAGCACGUUGCUUUCAACCGGGGAAAGGGAGUGCGUGACGCAAUGGUCGAGAUACAUGAGAGUGAUUUCCUCGAGAGGGCGAAACAAAUCAACAUCCGCGACGUGAAGCCAUUUUACGAAAGCAAACUGUUCCAAUCUCACCACUACCAAUACGAUUCUAACAGGCGGAUGAUAACACAAGUAAUUAUGGACUGAAUCUGAAAUCUCACGAAAAGGUGAAUGUCCUAAAACAAUUCCAUAUUGUCAAAUAUUUGUAAAAUUCAUUUGAAAAUAUUUUUGUAUUACAUAUCUCAACAAUAUUGUAAUGUUUCAAACCAUGUUUGGAAGCUAUGUGCCUUUCUAAAGCUGCCUUUACACGAAAGUUAAUAACAAAAUGUUGAUAACUCAAUUCUUAUAAAUUCUAUUAGUUUGAACAUAACUUAUCAGACACAUGAUGAACAUAUGUGGUUGUCAAGUUCCAUUCAAAUCAAAUAGAAUCUAUAUGAAUUAAGUUAAUAACUUUGGUGUGAACCCAGCUUAAGUGCCUUUAAUUUUAAAAGUAUAAGUACAAAUAUAGUUGAAACUCUUUAGUUGAAAGUCAUGUUGUUUUUUUUUUAUUCGUAUAGCUUUCAGUAAU